GCAGCUCUGGCUGAUCCCGACUUCCCGAGAGACCGGCCGCCUCAUACCACAAGCUAGCGCCCGGCAAGGCCAGCGACCUCUCUCUCAUCUCCACCCACGCAUCGCUCAUUCGCUCAUACCCUGGGACUUGGGGCCUGGGAAAACAACCGCAGGACGCGGAGGGGUGCGUGCACACGGCGGAAGCUCUCGCUCGCCGGCUACCGCACUUUCGGGCCACCGUCCGAAUGGCAGGCACAGUCCAUGGCUCCAUGCGCAUGCACUGGCGCACUUGAAACUGCCUGCCGCUCCCGUUGGCUCUUCUGAUACUCUCUGAGUUGACUGACGGAUGAAGAUGGUCGCGCUUUCCAAAGUAACCCUGGUGUUUGCAGCGGCGCUGCUGGGCUGGGCGUACCAGGCCACCCGGCCGCCGCCCCCGGCGAUCUUGGGCGCUCCGGGAGGGCUGCCGAUCACCUCCCCGAGAGUCCGGCUCAAGGAUGGCCGGCACCUAGCCUACACGGAGAACGGAGUGCACAAGGAGAACGCGAGGUACAAGGUCAUCUUCGUCCACGGCUUCGCCUCCACCAAGGAGAGCGGCUUCCCGGUGUCCCAGGAGCUCGUGGAGGAGCUGGGGGUAUACAUGCUGUUCUUCGACAGAGCCGGGUACGGCGACAGCGACGCCAACCCGAAGAGGUGCCUGAAGAGCGACGCCACGGACGUCGAGGAGCUCGCCGACGCGCUGCAGCUCGGGGACAAGUUCUACGUGGUCGGCUGCUCCAUGGGCGGAUACGUCGCGUGGAGCUGCCUCCACUACAUUCCGCACAGGCUGGCCGGCGCGUCGCUGGUCGUGCCGGCGGUGAACUACUGGUGGCCGCUGCCGGACGGCGUGCGGAGGAGCGCGUACGGGAAGCUGGACUCCCGGGACCGGAGGACGUUCUGGAUCGCGCACCACGCGCCGCCGCUGCUCUGCGCCUGGCUCACGCAGACGUGGCUCCCGACGUCGCCGAUCGUCAGGGGCGAGCGCGGCGCGUUCACCGACAAGGACUGGGAGAUCCUCACCGAGCUCUGGAGGAAGCAGCGCGAGAGCGGCCAGCAGGUGGAUCGAGCCAAAGCGACGCGGCAGGGGACGUACGAGUCGCUGUGCCGCGACUUGACGAUCCUGUUCGGGACGUGGGAGCUCGAUCCCACGGAGAUGAGGAACCCGUUCCCCGACGGCGAGGGCGUGGUCAGCAUCUGGCAGGGGUACGAGGACAGGAUCGUGCAGGUGGAGAUCCAGCGGCACGUGGCGCGGAGGCUGCCGUGGGUGCGGUACCACGAGCGCCCCGAGGCCGGGCACGCGCUCCCGGACAUGGACGGGGUCGGCGACGAGAUAGUCAGGGAGCUCUUGCUCGGCGCCGGCGAGGCGCCGCAGAGCGAGCCGCCGCGCGCGCCACAGUAGCUGAACGUGAUGAGAGGUUGGUGAAGAAAUUAAACGGGCAGGUGCAUAUCCGCAUGUAUGUAGGUGGAGAAUAAACGGCGUUGGGCCAAAUCUACGCAUCGAUGUCGUGACGAGUUGGGAAGUGCAGGAACUUGGUAGUUGAUGAACAUAAGUGGAUGGAAUUAGCAAUUAGCACAGCUGGACAGUGGCGUCAUGGUACUUGAUCCAUAUUGAUGGAUUAAGACCCUAUCUAGUUGCAAA